AUGGACCCAAUCACGGGCACCCCUCACCCGUACGGCGCCGAGGAAGCGAAUCGCCAGCCCGCCUCCGUCUUCAACUCCGCCGAGGACGACACCGGCAUUCCCCUCCACCCCAGCGCGAAGAGCCUCUUCGAUUGCGUACCGAUGCUACGCCGCAUUCCCAUCUUCGGCGAAACCUGUGAGGCAUACGGCCCCGCGUGCAUCAUCGGCCUCGCCCUUUCCUACCUGCUCUGCAAGGGUUUGUCGGCUGGAUUUAUGAAAGGCUCCAUCUUCCCCAUCUUUAUCAACGCUUACAAAGUGGAAGCAUUUCGCUACCAGCGGCUUGUAGGCCUUAUGGGGCUUGCUUCGGCCAUGAAGGCCUUAACCGCUGUGCUAUGCGAUACAUUCGCUUUCCUCGGUUAUACAAAGCGCUGGUAUAUGUUUGCCUCGUGUGUAAUGGGCAGUGUGCUCGCGCUUCUCCACAGCCUGUUGCCAGCCAAUCUGUCGUCUUGUGACAUUGCUCCCUCCUUUAUCUUUCUGAAUUCCUAUGGCAUACCGAAUGUGGACAUUCUUUCCGAAGGCUAUUACAGCCAUCUGGUACAUACGAUCCCCAAGGCUGGGCCGGCACUGGUGAGCUGA